AUAACGGUGUCGGCGGUGCCAGCGUGCCAUGCCCGCCGCCGCCGCCGCCGCCGCCGCCAUGUCAACGCUCGUCCGCUCGCUGCUCGCGCUCGCCGCACUACUCGCGAUAUUCUCGCUCUUAGCGCUACUUCCCAAAGUUUCCCAUGUUUCCAACGCUUCCCAUGAAGAAAUCUGCAUUACUGAGCUAUUUGGCAGAAAAUCUUUAGACGACUUAUACGGAAGGCCAAUCAGGUUUUAUACCGGAGGCGGUCUUAUCGACAUUCCAGAUGGUUGUAAAAAACAAGAGAAAAGGCUAUUGGGUGUGCUCGUCAAGGUCUGCAAUAAUAACCAGGACGGGCGGAGCGGUGCGCCCAGCGUCGUGGAGGUUGGAGACUUCUCGCCGCUCAACGUGACGUGCGCCGACGGGUGCCCCGGCGGCGGCUCCUUAACCUACACGCAGUACUGCCACUUCAGGAUAUAACUCGAUUUAAUGGCUCCUCUACACGAUGGCCCAGCGCCGGCCACUCCAAGGGACGCAUUUAUGCGUUAGAGGGAGCAAGUGAUAUUGCGAUCUCAUUCUACCGCAUGGCUGCGUCCCUUGGAGUGGCUAGCGCUGGCCCAUCGUGUAGAGGAGCCAUAAGGCAGGAUUUUGUUUUGUUUUAAUUGUUACCUACUUUUUUAUAGAACGUGUUUUCUUACCAAAAGGGUAGGGGUAGAUGAUACGAUUUACACUUUGUUAUGAAUAUGCAGUGCAUUUUAAUAUAAAAUAUUGUUAUUAAUUAAUAAUAUU